AUAAAAUAAAGCGCCGUUUGGUCUCUCUGACUUAACAUUUUGACCCAUAGCCGCCUCCCCUUUCCCCUCAGGUAGCCUCCUCCGGGCUGCUUCCCCUCCCCCACGCUGCCUCCCCGCCCUUUUCUCAGGUGGCGCGAGGAAGCCGCGAGGACAAGGACGGCCAUUACGCCUUGAAAGUCCACUUUCAAGGGCGGGGAAAGCUGGAAGGGGGGGGGGGUUAAAGGGAAAGGGACAUCUUCCAGCUCAUGGAAAGGGCGCCAUGAGGAGAGGACGACGACGGCAAGAAGGGUGACAGACUGCGCAGGCGCAGAGUACAGGGAAAGUGUGUGUGGCGGCGGCUGAGGAUUGACGUCGCGCGAGGCGGAUCUCGAGCAGACGGAGGCAGAAGUCGGAGCGCCGAGCGCCCGGGCUGCUGAGGCGCGGAAGGGGCUCGGGGUCCGUCGCCGGGCUCGGGCUGGAGUUUUCAGCCGCUGCGAGAGGGUGACCUCCAGGCCCAGCAGGUGGAUGGUAGUGGAGGAGCCGAGGCCGAGCCGCCGCGCAGCCAUGUCUAGCAGGAACGGCGGCGGCGGCGGCGGCGGCAAGAGCAGCAGCAGCAGCGCUGCCAGGCUGAGGCGAGCCCAGCGCGUCCCGCGACGCCUUCUGUGAGGAGGACGGACGGACUGGCGGCUGUUCGGGAAGGCUCCAUGCCGGCGGCCAGGGACUGAGCGAGGGGAAGACACCGAUCCCUGGGCUUGAGGGGACCCUUUCCUUCCACCCUCACCCCCACCUACCCACCCACCCACCCCGCUCCGGGGCUCCGGCAGGAAGGACCCCGACUUCCAGGCGGGAAGGGGAAGGCGGGCCAUGGCUGACCGGAGCCCCCCGAACUGCCACCUGAGGCUGGAGUGGGUUUACGGCUACCGGGGCCACCAGUGCCGCAACAACCUUUACUACACGGCCGCCAAGGAGAUCGUCUAUUUCGUGGCGGGGGUCGGGGUGGUCUACAGCCCCCGGGAGCACCGGCAGAAAUUUUACCUGGGGCAUCAGGACGACAUCAUCAGUCUUGCUUUGCAUCCUGAACGAGUAUUGGUGGCAACAGGUCAAGUUGGGAAAGAACCGUAUAUCUGUGUUUGGGACUCGUACACUGUGCAGACAAUAUCAGUAAUGAAAGAUGUUCAUACACAUGGUAUAGCUUGCUUGGCAUUUGACGUAGAUGGUCAGCGUUUACUUUCUGUUGGUUUGGAUUCAAAAAAUACAAUCUGUGUGUGGGAUUGGAGAAAAGGAAAGAUGUUGUCUAUGGCUCCUGGUCAUACAGACAGGAUAUUUGAUAUUUCUUGGGACUUGUACCAACCAAACAAACUUGUCAGCUGUGGUGUAAAACACAUUAAGUUCUGGAGUUUAUGUGGCAAUUCAUUGACACCAAAGCGUGGUGUUUUUGGUAAGACUGGUGAUCUCCAAACUAUAUUGUGCCUCGCCUGUGCAAGAGAUGAAGUAACGUAUUCUGGUGCACUUAAUGGAGAUAUAUAUGUAUGGAAAGGAAUCAACCUUAUCCGAACCAUACAAGGAGCUCAUGCUGCAGGAAUUUUCAGCAUGAAUGCCUGUGAAGAAGGCUUUGCUACUGGUGGCAGGGAUGGCUGUGUUCGCCUUUGGGAUUUAAAUUUUAAACCAAUUACUGUGAUUGAUCUCAGGGAAACAGACCAGGGAUAUAAAGGUCUGUCUGUGAGAAGUGUUUGUUGGCGAGGAGAUCAUAUACUAGUUGGAACACAAGACAGUGAAAUCUUUGAGAUUGUGGUGCAUGAACGCAAUAAGCCUUUUCUUAUUAUGCAAGGGCACUGUGAAGGGGAGCUUUGGGCCCUGGCAGUUCAUCCUACAAAACCUUUGGCUAUGACGGGAAGUGAUGAUCGAUCAGUUAGAAUAUGGAGCCUUAUAGAUCAUGCAUUGAUUGCACGGUGCAAUAUGGAAGAGCCAAUUCGUUGUGCAGCUGUUAGCACUGAUGGAAUUCAUCUUGCACUUGGAAUGAAAGAUGGUUCCUUCACAGUACUUCGAGUUAGAGAUAUGACAGAGGUUGUUCAUAUUAAAGAUAGGAAAGAAGCUAUUCAUGAAUUAAAAUACUCACCAGAUGGAAAUUUCCUUGCAGUUGGCUCUAAUGACAGUUCUGUUGAUAUUUAUGGUGUUGUUCAGCGGUACAAAAAGGUUGGAGAGUGUAUUGGAUCAACAAGUUUCAUCACUCAUAUGGAUUGGUCAUUGGACAGCAAACACUUGCAGACCAAUGAUGGCAGUGGAAAAAGGCUUUUUUACAGGAUGCCUGGUGGAAAAGAAGUGAUGAAUAAGGAUGAGUUAAAAGGUGUCCAAUGGGCUUCAUGGACUUCAGUUGCAGGCCUUGAAGUUAAUGGAAUAUGGCCUAAAUAUUCAGAGAUCAAUGAUAUCAAUUCUGUAGAUGCAAAUUUUAUGGGCCAAGUUCUAGUUACAGCUGAUGACUAUGGAAUAGUAAAAUUGUUUCGGUAUCCUUGUUUAAGAAAAGGGGCAAAAUUUAAGAAAUACCUUGGUCAUUCAGCACACGUGACAAAUGUCAGAUGGUCGCAUGAUUAUCAGUGGGUUAUUUCUAUUGGUGGAGCAGACCAUUCUGUUUUCCAGUGGAAAUUUGUUCCUGAAAGGAAGCUGAAGGAUGCUCUUCACAUAGCACCACAAGAAAGCCUAGUUGACUCUAAUAGUGAAGAAUCUGAUUCUGAUCAAUCUGAUGUUCCAGAGCUGGACUCUGAAAUUGAACAAGAGACACAAAUCACAUACCGUCGACAGGUUUACAAAGAAGAUCUACCUCAGCUUAAAGAGCAAUGCAAAGAAAAACGAAAAACUGCAGCUUCAAAAAGAAGAGAACGGGCUCCAAUCAAUAGUAUAAGAUUACACUUUGUUCAUGGUUACAGAGGCUAUGACUGUCGCAGUAAUUUAUUUUACACUCAGACUGGAGAAAUUGUGUACCAUGUUGCAGCAGUGGGUGUAGUAUACAAUCGGCAGCAAAACACACAACGUUUUUAUUUGGGUCAUGAUGAUGAUAUUCUGUGUCUUGCUAUUCAUCCCUUAAAGGACUAUGUGGCAACAGGCCAGGUUGGUCGUGAUUGCUCAAUCCAUAUUUGGGAUACAGAGACAAUCAAACCACUGUCUGUGCUAAAGGGCUAUCAUCAAUAUGGUGUUUGUGCUGUUGACUUUUCAGCGGAUGGCAAACGGUUAGCUUCCGUUGGAAUAGAUGACAAUCACACUAUUGUUCUUUGGGACUGGAGAAAAGGAGAGAAGCUUUCAUCGGUCAGGGGGAGCAAAGACAAGAUAUUUGUCGUCAAGAUUAACCCCUACAUGCCUGAUAAACUUCUUACAGCUGGAAUGAAACACAUAAAAUUCUGGCGAAGAGCAGGUGGUGGACUGAUUGGGAAAAAGGGCUAUGUAGGUCCAAUGGGGAAGAUUGAUACAAUGAUGUGUGCAGUUUAUGGCUGGACAGAAGAGAUGUCAUUUUCUGGAACUUCAACGGGGGAUGUAUGCAUAUGGAGAGAUCUCUUCCUCAUAAAAACUGUGAAAGCACACGAUGGCCCUGUGUUCAGUAUGCAUGCACUAGAAAAAGGAUUUGUAACUGGAGGCAAGGAUGGAGUUGUGGCUCUUUGGGAUGACACCUUUGAACGGUGUCUCAAAACAUAUGCCAUCAAAAGGGCUGCCUUGGCCCCUGGCUCCAAAGGUCUCCUUUUAGAAGAUAACCCUUCUAUACGUGCCAUAUCAUUAGGACAUGGUCAUAUUUUAGUGGGCACAAAGAAUGGUGAAAUACUGGAAGUUGAUAAAAGUGGGCCAGUAACAUUGCUUGUUCAGGGUCACAUGGAAGGAGAAGUUUGGGGUUUAGCUACCCAUCCUCAUUUACCUAUUUGUGCCACUGUAAGUGAUGAUAAAACCUUAAGAAUAUGGGAUCUGUCCCCCAGCCAUUGCAUGCUUGCUGUUAGAAAACUGAAGAAGGGGGGAAGAUCUUGUUGUUUUUCUCCUGACGGGAAGGCAUUAGCAGUAGGUCUCAAUGAUGGAAGUUUCUUAAUAGUGAAUUCAGACACUCUGGAGGAUCUUGUUUCUUUUCAUCAUAGGAAGGACGUUAUUUCAGAUAUACGAUUUUCUCCUGGCGCUGGAAAAUACUUAUCUGUAGCAUCGUAUGAUACGUUUGUAGAUAUCUACAAUGUAAUGAGCAGUAAGCGGGUUGGAAUCUGCAAGGGCUCUUCCAGUUAUGUGACACACAUUGACUGGGAUGUAAGAGGCAAGCUUUUACAAGUCAACACUGGUGCUAAGGAACAGUUGUUUUUUGAAGCUCCUCGGGGGAAGAAACAGAUAAUUCCCAGUACAGAGGCAGAAAAGAUUUCCUGGACAUCCUGGACAAGUGUUCUAGGCUCCUGCUGUGAAGGAAUUUGGCCAAUAAUUGGAGAAGUUACAGAUGUAACUGCUUCGUGCCUCACCAGUGAUAGUACAGUUUUGGCAACAGGAGAUGAUUUUGGAUUUGUAAAGCUUUUCCGAUACCCUGCCAAAGGAAAAUAUGGGAAGUUCAAGAGGUAUGUGGCUCAUAGCACACAUGUAACAAAUGUUCGCUGGACUCAUGAUGACAGUUUAUUAGUCAGUGUUGGAGGUGGAGACACCUCUUUAAUGCUGUGGACCCAUGAGAUGGAGGGCCAUCGAGAAACCAGGCAGUGUGACAGUGAAGAAUCUGAUCUAGAUUCUGAGGAAGAUGGGGGAUAUGACAGUGAUGUCACAAGAGAAAAUGAAAUUAAUUACACCAUCAAAGCCUUAUCAACCAACAUCAGACCUAUGUUUGGAAUCAAGCCUCAUCUGCAGCUAAAAGAGCCUUCAGUUGAUGAAAGGCAAGGGGUUGUAAGAGGUUCCAGACCACCAGUUAGUAGGGCAUUGCCUCAGCCUGAAAAACUUCAGACAAAUAACGUUGAAAAAAAGAGACCCAUAGAGGAUCUAGUGCUGGAGCUGGUGUUUGGCUAUCGUGGUAGAGAUGGCAGGAACAAUGUGCACUAUUUGAAUGAUGGUGCUGACAUAAUUUAUCAUACUGCAUCUGUUGGAAUUCUGUACAAUGUGGCAACAGGCUCUCAGUCUUUUUACCAGGAACAUAAUGAUGAUAUUUUGUGCCUCACUAUAAAUCAGCACCCCAAGUUUAUCAACCUUGUGGCAACUGGCCAAGUAGGAGACACAGCAGAUAUGUCAGCUACAGCACCUUGUAUUCACGUAUGGGAUGCAAUGAAUAAGCAGACAUUGUCUGUGUUGCGAUGCUACCAUUCAAAAGGCGUUUGUUCAGUCAGUUUUAGUGCCACUGGCAAGCUUCUUCUGUCUGUAGGGCUGGAUCCUGAACAUACCAUUACCAUUUGGAAAUGGCAGGAAGGUGCCAAAAUCGCUAGUAGAGCUGGUCAUAAUCAGCGUAUUUUUGUAGCAGAAUUCAGGCCUGACUCCGACACACAAUUUGUUUCAGUAGGAGUAAAACAUGUGAGGUUCUGGACACUUGCUGGAAGAGCACUUCUAAGUAAAAAAGGACAAACAAGUUCAAUAGAAGAUGCACGAAUGCAGACUAUGCUGUCUGUAGCAUUUGGAGCUAAUAAUUUGACAUUUACAGGUACAAUCAGUGGAGAUGUGUGUGUUUGGAAAGAACAUAUACUGAAUCGAAUUGUAGGCAAAGCUCACAAUGGGCCUAUAUUUGCAAUGUACACAACACUACGAGAUGGCUUAAUUGUAACAGGAGGCAAGGAGAGGCCAUCAAAAGAAGGUGGAGCAGUUAAACUAUGGGAUCAGGAGCUAAGGCGGUGUCGUGCCUUCAGAUUAGAGACAGGACAGAUAAUUGACUGUGUUCGCUCUGUGUGCAGAGGCAAAGGGAAAAUUCUUGUUGGGACAAAGAAUGCGGAAAUAAUAGAAGUUGGAGAAAAAAAUGCUGCGUGUAACAUUCUAAUUAAUGGCCACAUGGAUGGGCCUAUCUGGGGACUAGCAACACACCCUUCUCGUGAUGUUUUCCUUUCUGCUGCAGAAGAUGGGACAGUCAGACUCUGGGAUAUUGCUGAUAAAAAGAUGGUGAACAAAGUAAAUUUGGGCCACGCAGCACGCACUGUGUCUUAUAGUCCAGAGGGCGACAUGGUGGCUAUUGGCAUGAAAAAUGGAGAAUUUAUUAUCUUGUUAGUGAACUCUCUGAAAAUAUGGGGGAAGAAAAGGGACAGAAGAUCAGCCAUUCAGGACAUCAGGUUCAGUCCAGAUUCUCAUUACUUAGCAGUGGGUUCCAGUGAAAAUGCAGUGGAUUUUUAUGACCUGACAUUGGGGCCUGCUCUUAACGCUAGCUACUGCAAAGACAUUCCUAGUUUUGUAAUUCAAAUGGAUUUUUCAGCAGAUAGCUGUUAUCUUCAGGUCUCUACUGGGUCUUACAAAAGGCAAGUUUAUGAAGUGCCUUCAGGAAAACAGCUCUUGGAUCAAACUGUGAUUGAUAGAAUAACAUGGGCCAGUUGGACCAGCAUUUUAGGAGAUGAAGUUGUUGGAAUCUGGUCCAGGCAUGCUGAGAAAGCCGAUGUAAAUUGUGCCUGUGUUUCUCACUCGGGAAUCAGCCUUGUAACAGGCGAUGACUUUGGCAUGGUCAAGCUGUUCGACUUCCCUUGUCCAGAAAAAUUUGCAAAACAUAAACGAUUUUUAGGUCACUCAGCCCACGUGACUAAUAUUCGUUUUACAAGUGGGGACAGAUAUGUUGUUAGUGCUGGCGGAGAUGACAGCAGCAUAUUUGUCUGGAAAUGUGUACAUAUGCCACAUUGAGAGACAUGGAGACCUUCCAAAGAGGACACUACUGAAGAGGCGUCAGUGCCCCACAAUUGCAAAGAGACAUUCUCCAGUGUCCAGCAUGCUUCGAGAAAUGGUGCUGAUAAAAACAGACAACAGUCCACCUGACUGACUAGAGUCUAUCAGAAGGAUGGAGCACUGCAAAUGUAUUGAGUCUAGUCACAUUACUGCAGUAUCAGAUAUCCUACAUCUGUUUCCCACUCACUGCCAGAUGCUGAAACACAUGGAAAGGAAGAAGUGAGUUUUGGCUCAGUGUACAGUUUCCCAAUAAGAUCCUGAAUUUGUAAUCAAGAGAUGUUAUUUCUGACCUAGUGCUGUACAUUGCUGUGUUUACUUUCAGCAUGAAUGUUUAAGUACUGGGGAUUGACUCUCACUCAAAUAGAAGACUCCUUAUUUUAUUACUGAAAUGAAAGCCACCUUGCAGCUCUUAAACUAUAAUAUUUUUUUAAAUGGGUGAAAAUAAAAUAGAAAAUAAAAGAGAUAAACCAGCAAAAGGUUUAUCUAGUUCACAAAAAAGUCCCAAGAAUUAAGUUUGUUCCUAGGACCUGCAGAAAUUCUAUUGGUUUUAAGGCUUGGGUUGUAAUAAUGUCUGGUGAAUGCUAGUAGACAUGCGUGAACCCAUUCUUCAAGGCUAAUUUAGUGUUUUUGUAUCACAAGCAUUAAAUUAGUUCUGUGAGCAGAAUAACAUUUGCUCACAUUGUGAGUGCCUUGCCCACAACCUAAAAGUCUAACUCUGGUUUUUGCCUUGUGAAUAAAAGUGUUCUCAAUGAAAGAUAAAUCGCUGUGUUUGCUUGCAGAGCUGUGCUGGAAAUGAGGACCAGGCUGCUCAUGUUAAUGUUUAUACAUUUAAGAAGCUGUGGGGUGCCAUUCGAUGCAAUAGGAUUUAUUAAUUGCAUUUUCACAGCAUUGCUUAGUGAAUUCAAAGUGAAUAGAUAAUUCAAAUAUAUUUUACCAAUUAUUAUUAUUUUGCACAGAGUAAGACUCAUUGAAUCCCUUGCUCUCCGGCUAAUAAUCUUACAGCUAGUCCAUUCAUUCAUUCAUGCAUACAGGCAGCCACAGAAGGCACAUGAGGGAUCAUUUGUUCUCAAAUCAACCCCGUGUCAAAAUCGUAUCUACACAGGGAAAAAUUACACGCAAGUUGGCGAGUUAGAUUUUUGAAAUACAAGUGCCUGUAUGUUUGAAAUGGUUCUAACAACCAAAUGUAAGCAUCAAAAUAAGCAUACAUUCUGAAUACACUGGUUUGUGCUUCUUAGUACAGGUAUAUACAUGAGAAUUGCAGGUGACAAAUGAAUCACUUCUGUGACAUUUGUGUCCCUGGCACAUUCCACUGCAUGCACAGUCUUGGCACCCCUCUUUUACUUCCCUCACUGAUUAGUACUGAGAAGCAUCCUGACUCCUGUGUGAAACAUUUUAGAUCUAAUUUGAGGCCAGGCACGCCCAUUCCCUGUUUCUCUGAACAAUGAGAAUUCAGCAUCCCAGCAAUCAUGCAGCCUUCUGCUGGGUUCAGGUUAUCUAAAUCAGGGUAAUGUGUAUAUCCUGUGCAUUGUGGGACAUCAAUAUAAUGAGAUGCAAAAAUAGAAUUAACUCUGCCCAAUGCAACAUUCACAAAAUUAUGUUCUAGUUUUCCGCGAACCCUAAUGUGAACAUCAGAUUUACCCCAAAGCAUGCUUGAAAGUGGAUGGGGAGGGGGAAAUCCAUCUUUUGACAUAACUAUGCUGAUUUACCAUUCAGCAGAGUGUUUAACUUAUUUGGGGGUAACUAAACAACAUAAAAUUGUCUUGAGUAUUGUCUAGAAUUAUUUUUCCAUGUACAGUAAUUAUACACGGCAAUCCAGGAAAUGUAACAUCUUUUUUUAAAGCCAGUUUGAUUACAUAUCAUGUCAGAACUCUCUUCUCAUAAUCAAAUACAUGAUAACACCCAUAACCCAUGUUUUGAAGUUGGCUUAUUUAAACCAUGUUUUGGGGGGUUUGGACAAAAUGAUGAGCUGCAGUUAAUUAAAAAAAAACAACAAAGAGAAGUGAAAGCUUUCAAAUUCCACCUCCCAGCUAUGAAGGAAGAGGAAGAAGGAGGGGGAAGUGCGCAAGCCAGAGGCUCACUGCAGCAUUGUGAAAAACCUCUGGCUUUUUGCCUCCCAGCAGCCACAUUCAUACAAUGCGGAUAAACAUGUGAGCAUGCUAAACCUACUAUGCACUCACCAAUCACUGUGAUACAAGCAAACCAAAUUCUUCUCCUGGUUAUGUUACUUUAGACCUUAUAGAACAAGCCCCCAAAUUCCAUUAUCAUUGGCCAUAUUGGCUGGGGUUGAUGGAGUUGGAGUCUAACAACCUCUGGAGGCCUCCAGGUCUACCAGCCACCCUCUACCAGAUGCCUUGGCUUUGCACUUUUAACACCUCAUAAAUUAGAAGGGAUUUAACGAGAGACCAUAUUUGGAUGGACUAAUUAGGGUUUAUCUGCAUGCUUACCCAGCCAAUGUUAUUUUCCAUGGUGGAGGGAAGAGCACGUGUCAUAUUUCCACUAUUUGCAUACAAUGUUGUAACACAGGUGCUUAAACAAGUGUUUAUUUCUUCUCCAUCAAGAGAAGAUCAUAUGAGUUGGGCCUGCACUAUAUUUUGUUUCAUGAGCAUGGUGGAGGGAUAUGUAAAUAACUGUUGUAUCAAAGGCGUUCAGCAAGCUGAAAGCUCAGAUUGAAAUAAUCGCAAAUGUGUCAGUUUAUUUUGAAAACAUGAACUGUUGAUACCACUCUCCAUGUAUAAGCAUUUGCAUAAUACAGAGACUAUGGUGAAAUGUUCUGGAAGCCAAGCUAAUUGAACAGUUACAAAAAUGAGUCCCCUUUUCCAAGCAGGCAUUUCAAAAACCACAAAAUACGGUAUAUGUGUGAAUGACGGUUCUAUAUUAUGUAAGAACAAAUAUUAGGCACCCAAGCAACAACUUGUUAUUAAAAUUUCUAUCCCACACUUCCUCAAUAAGGAGCCCAGGGCAGCAAACUUAAUACAUCUUAAUACUAUGAAAAAUCAAAUUCAAACAUAUUCAAACAUUAAAAACAAUAACAAGAUCCAACAACAUUUUGAAACGUCUAAAAGCAUUUUAAAACAAUCACAUUCACAGCUUGUAGUUAUAAGGCUGUCCGGAACAGUACCUUUCAGCUGUCAAAUGCCUGGGUGAACAGGAAUGUUUUUAAGUUCCUCCUGAACGUUAAUAAUGAGAGAGACAGAUGCAUCUCACCGGGGGGGGGGGCACCACCAAGGUUACUUCAUAGGUUAAGGCUAACUCGGCAGCAGCUCGCAGCAGCACCAACAGUACCCCUCCUGCUGAUCAUAGGGCCUGUGGGAAUGGAGUCAGAGACUCAGAUGGCUGCCUCCCCUGUGCUAUUUUGUUACCUGCACAGGUGAGGUCACGUCCACCUCUGGUCACAUGUAGAGGAAGUUUGUCCCAGCCCAGGAGGAAACAGGAAGUUCCGACU